AUGGUAUUUGAUGAUAGUGACAAUGAUCAAACUUCAGAGGGUUCAGAAAAUGUUCUGGACUGUAAUGCAGAAAGCUUGAAUUGUGAUACAGAAUGUAAAACCCAGCAAUCAUCUGCAUGUGAUGAUGAUGAUGAACACUGGAGUGAGGACGAGGCAGAAAUACCUGCUGGAAUCACUGACACUAUGUUAACAUCUCCAGAUUUUGUCACUGAUAAUGAACGUCAGCAUAUUUUAAAUGUUGCACCUGGUGAGGGAAAUAGGCCUAUGAGUAUAUUUAGAGAUAAAUACUCAGAGAAAUUAGCAUAUCCGGGUAUAUUUCUAGGACAGAAGCGACCAGACAAUAGACUAACCAAAGUCCAUUAUAGUGAAAUUUGUAAAUCUGAAUUAAGGAGGUCUGACCGAAGGGCUGCAAUGUGUGUGGAAAAUGUUUUCUUUGAAACAAAGAAAUUGGAAAUGAAGAUUUUGUUUGGGCAAUUACAAGUUGCACUGAGAAAAUCAACGAAAUAG